AUGAAUUUACAAGAACCAAAGAGAAAACGGCACGUAAAAUUAAAAGAACAGUUGCCAUUUCCAAUUGUGUUAGGCAAUAAAAAUGAGUGGAUUACAUAUACUGCUCAUCUCACUGACUUAGGAUCUUGUAUAAUUGAUCCAAAUGAAAUUGUUGCAGUACAUUCUAUGGGUUAUUUUGGGAAAGGUUCCUUAUCACGUGGCUUUCCCUCAUUUAGUAAAACACGAUUUGGAGUUCCUCCAGUCAUAAGAAAUAGACAAUGGCUUCGCAGACAAGAAUGGUUGAAACAAUUUAAUGAAUUUAGCAUGGAAGCUAAUAGCAAACAUACAAAUUUAGAAGAAAGUAAAUGUGAACUUUCCCAUUCAAAAGUUCCUGAUGAAGAUGAUAUCAAAUUUUUAAAGAACCUAACAAAGGAAAAUAUACCAGAUAUAAUUGAAAUAGAUACAAAUUCAGUUUCUUUAAAUGAAAAACAUAAAGAAAGUCAACAAAUUGAUAAAAAGCUAGAAGUAAAUGGUACAAAUUCAAAUUCCACGAAAGAGGACGACUCGUUGAUUAUUAUAGAAAACAAAUUUAACAAAGAAUGCAAUAACACUGAUAGUAGUCAAAGAAAGUCCAUGGAAAGUGAAGAAAAAAAUUUUUUUGCAGAUUUUAAUUUGAAAGAAAAUGAUGUGUGUUUUACUGAUAAUAACACAGAUGUUCAAAACAAGUUACUUGUCUUACCAGAUAGUGAUUCAGAAACUGAAAAUUAUUUAAAAGAAAUAAAACCUAAAAUUGAAUGUGAAAGUUUUCCCAUUCAAGAAACUCUCCAUCUUACAUUUGAAGAAACAUUCUUCCUUUUAUAUGGUUUAGGUUGUUUGAAUUUAUUAGACUUUGAUGGUAAUUUAGUAGACAUUGAUAGCGCUUGGCAUAUUUUUUGCAAGACUGAUAAAAAUUUUGUGUCAAAAUAUGUUGUAUAUCAUUAUUUUCGGAGUAAAGGAUGGGUAGUAAAACCUGGACUUAAGUAUGUGUUAUACAAACAAGGACCACCGUUUUAUCAUGCAUCUUACAUUGUAAUAAUAGAUAUUUUGGACGGUGAUACCUUAGUCACAGAUCAAAGUAAAUGUAUGCGUAAAUUAACGUGGAAUAGUUUAUUAGGAUUAGAAAGAUUAUCAGAAACUGCUGCUAAGGAAAUAUUAUUCGCACAAGUUUUAUGGCCAUCUUCAGCUUUACAUACAUCUAAUACACUAAGUGUGGAUAUCCUUUCUGAAUUUUCUGUGAGAGAAUUAUUAUGGAGAAGAUGGAAUCCUAAACAUAAUAAAGAUUUAGAGGAAGAAGAUGAAGACUCAUGUAUACAUAUCAUCAUUAGCUCUUUUAAAAAUGCUUAAACAUGGACGGGCUGGUGUACCUAUGGAAGUAAUGGGUUUAAUGCUUGGUGAAUUUGUCGAUGAUUAUACCGUACGUGUCAUCGAUGUGUUUGCUAUGCCUCAAACAGGAACGGGAGUCAGUGUGGAAGCAGUCGACCCAGUAUUUCAAGCAAAAAUGUUGGAUAUGCUCAAACAAACUGGUCGGCCAGAGAUGGUAGUAGGAUGGUAUCAUUCUCAUCCAGGAUUUGGUUGCUGGCUCUCUGGUGUAGAUAUUAACACACAACAAUCAUUUGAAGCUCUUAGUGAAAGAGCAGUGGCUGUUGUUAUCGAUCCUAUACAAUCAGUGAAAGGAAAAGUUGUUAUUGAUGCAUUUAGAUUAAUUACUCCUAACACUAUGGUUUUAGGACAAGAACCACGUCAAACCACAUCUAAUUUAGGUCAUUUACAAAAGCCAUCUGUUCAAGCGUUGAUUCAUGGUUUAAAUCGCCACUAUUACAGUAUUAGUAUCAACUAUCGUAAAAAUGAACUAGAACAAAAAAUGUUAUUAAAUCUACACAAGAAAACAUGGAUGGAUGGGCUUACAUUGGCCGAAUAUUCAGAACAUAGCAAACUUAACGAAAACAUCGUAUCUGAAAUGCUUGAACUUGCCAAAAAUUAUAACAAGGCAUUGGAAGAUGAAGAAAAGAUGACACCCGAACAGUUAGCUAUAAAGAAUGUGGGUAAACAAGAUCCAAAACGGCAUUUAGAAGAAAAAGUAGACACACUUAUGUCUACCAAUAUUGUUCAAUGUCUGGGAGCUAUGCUUGAUUCAGUUGUAUUCAAAUAACUAUUUCUUAAAAUACCGUUUGCAAUAUUAUUAAAAAAAUAUACAUCUUUCUAAAAUAUAUGUGUUUAUAAUUUACAUUUGAAGGAUGCAUAUAAUACACAAAAAUUUUUGUACUAUUUUUAUUUUCAUAUUAAAAAAUGCGAACAAUAGACAAGUAGAUUUUUAUAUUUUUAUUCAAAAUGUAUUUAUAAAUUUAUAAUAUUAGCUAUUCAGAAAUUACAUAUAAUUUAUCUUUUGAUAUAAAAUAUAUUAUUAUUAAAAUAUAUCUGAAUAGAGAUGAAGUAACAAAUGAAUUGAUGCUUCAUUGAUUGAAUGAAUGCAUUUUGCAAUACAAAAUGUAAAUACUACUCUUGCACGAUAUUAAAUCUAUAACAUAAGAAACGCUAGAGGAAUCAUAAUGGAAUUUUUUUAUACUUCAGUAAAUGAAAUUAAUUUGCUAUGUACAUUUAUUGAUACUUUAAAUAUCGUAUCAAUAUUCAUUAUUUGCAAAAUUUAUAACACAUAUAUUUAAUAAUAUAUUUUUGCAAUAGUUUUUUAGUACAUCAUUAAAUUGGAUAUAUUAUUGGAUCUUAUCUUUCUUCUUUUUCUUUUUUUCUUUUUCAGCUGUCAUAUCCUGUUAAUAAUAAUAUUAAAUUUUUGAAUCCUUUUAAAAUGUUGAACUCUGAAAUUAAAUAUGAAUUACUUUACCUCAGUUGCCACAGAUUCGUCAGCUUCAGAUUCUGUUUUUUCUUUCUUUUUUUUCUUUUUCUUUUCUUUCCUAUCUUUCUUUUUUUCUUUUGGCGACGUUAAUUCGGAAUCCUCAAUCACUUCUUCUUUUAUUGAAACUUCAGUUGUAGGUUGUGGAACUGUUUCUUCCCACUUUCGUUUCUUAGCCGCAGAAUCGGCAGAAACACCAUUUUCCUCAGUCUAAUCCACAAAUAAAAACUAAAUAUAACUAAAUAUAUAUAUUUAUACAAAGAAAUAUAACAAAAAGCUGAUAAUUACCUUAAUUACAGGUAUAGAAUAGUCUGUAUAAUUUGCUAACCAAUCUGCAGGUGUGUUCUCAUUUGGUUUUCCAUAUUUAUCUAACUUUCCUUCAAUUAUCAUGCGUUUUUUUACUGAAGCUUUUGGUCCUAGACCCCAUUUUCUUGGAUAUGCAUCUCUUUCCAUGAUUACUCUUUUAAUUUUAGCAGCUACACCAUGA